AUGGAGCUACCUAAGCUGGGUGUGAAUCAUCCUCGCCAGCCCCACGUCGCCUGCAGCAAAGCAGGGAGGCAUCUGUCAGCCGUUGGGGCGCCCUGUUCUGGAAGGGGAAAUCGGAAAGAUAACUCGGGGUGCUACUAUCCUUAUUCUCUGAAGAUCAGCCUCCCUUCCCAGGUACCUAACCACUUGGGGGCGGAGGAGCGAGUCGGGUUUGGCGCCCGGGCCGGGUCAUGGUUCUCCGCCUUCUACACCGCGCUGGCGGGGCUGCUGCUCCUGCCGCUGCCGCACCUCGCCUGCCCCUACUUCUUCCGCGACCUGAGCUUCUUCCUCACGCUAGCCUGGGUGUCGCAGCGGACGCGCAGCUCCGCGGCGCGCAGCCCGCCGCGCACCAUCCUGGAGGUGUUCAUGCAGCGGGCGCGCAGGACGCCCCGCAAGCCCCUGGUGCUGUUCAGGGAGGAGGUGCACACCUACGAGCAGGUGGACAAGCGGAGCAGCCAGGUGGCCCGGGCGCUGGCGAGCACGCCGGGCUGCAGGCAAGGGGACUGGCCUGGCCUUUUCCUGGGCAACGAGCCUGCCUACCUCUGGAUCUGGCUGGGCUUGGCCAAGCUGGGCUGCGCCAUGGCCUGCCUCAACUGCAACAUCAGGGCUAAGUCCUUGCUGCGCUGCUUCCAGUGCGGAGCCAAGGUGCUGCUAGCAGCCCCAGAAUUGAAAGCAGCUGUUGAAGAAAUAUUGCCAGCCCUGAAAGAAGAAAACAUCAGAGUCUUCUACCUAAGCCGACCUCCGACCAAAGGGGUUGACAGCUUCACUGACAAAUGGAAGUGGUUUCAGAUGAGCCUAUUCCCACACUCUUGGAGAUCAAAUGUCACUUCUAAAACCCCUGCCAUGUAUAUUUAUACCUCUGGGACUACAGGUCUUCCAAAGGCUGCAGUGAUUACCCAUGAACGCAUGCUGUUAGGUUGUGGUUUGUUCGUUAUAAGUGGCGUGACCUCUGAGGACAUUGUGUAUAAUACCCUGCCACUGUAUCACAGUGCUGCCCUCCUGAUCGGAGUUCAUGGAUGCAUCAUGCAAGGUGCAACCUUAGCUCUACGCUCCAAAUUUUCAGCCAGCCAGUUUUGGGUUGACUGCAGGAAAUACAACGUAACAGUCAUCCAGUAUAUAGGGGAGGUGCUUCGGUAUUUAUGCAACAUGCCAAAGAAAGACAGCGAUGGUGAUCACAGAGUAAGGAUUGCCAUAGGCAAUGGGUUAAGGGCUGAUGUUUGGAGGGAAUUCGUCAGAAGAUUUGGAGACAUCCGUAUAUUGGAGUUCUAUGCUGCAACUGAGGGAAAUGUUGGGUUUUUUAACUACACUGGAAAAGUCGGUGCUGUGGGGAGAGUAAACUACUUCCAUAAGAAAAUUAUACGCUAUGAACUGAUUAGAUACGACGUAGAGAAAGAUGAACCAGUCCGAGAUGAAAAUGGAUAUUGCAUAAAAGUUCCCAAAGGUGAAGCAGGGCUGUUGAUCUGCAAAAUCACACAAUUUUCUCCUUUUAGUGGCUAUGCAGGAGCAAAAAGCCAGACAGAGAAGAAAAAACUAACAAACGUCUUCCAGAAAGGGGAUUUAUAUUUUAAUAGUGGUGACCUUUUAAUGGUUGACCAGGACAAUUUCAUCUACUUUCAUGACAGAGUCGGAGAUACAUUCCGAUGGAAAGGGGAAAAUGUGGCCACUACUGAAGUUGCAGAUAUUUUCGGAUUGAUCGACUUUGUCCAAGAAGUUAAUGUGUAUGGAGUGCCUGUGCCAGGUCAUGAAGGCAGAAUAGGAAUGGCAUCCAUUCGACUAAAGGAGGGCUGUGAAUUUAAUGGGGAGCAGAUAUACAGACACGUUGUAGACUACCUGCCGAAUUAUGCAAGACCUUACUUUGUAAGGAUUCAGGAUGCUAUUGAGAUCACAGCAACUUUUAAACACUGUAAAGUGCAAUUAGUGAAGGAGGGCUUCAACCCAGCAGUCAUCAGGGAUGGCCUGUAUUUCCUGGAUGACAAAGAAAAGACGUACGUGCCGAUGACGCAAGACAUUUGUAGCGCUAUAAAUAACAAUAGCCUAAAACUAUAAGUGUGUCCAAAAAAAUCACUGUUCUAGAAUAUUCAGUUUUCAAAACAUUAUUGAAUCCAAAAAGCCAUUUCGGUGAGUUGAUCAAUGUUACCAAGUGCCUGUAUCCAAAAUUCUGUGUGAUGGAGAUGUUUCAAUAGUGACAGGAGCUACAUAAAACUACUUUUCUUUCUCCCUGUGGUCUGUGUGUUAACCUUCUAACUCCCCAACUUCACUCAGGACACACAACAACUCUGCCUCCACUUACCUCUCAGCCUGGCUGCUCCUUCCUCUUCCCCUCUCGAACCCAAAACUGUCCACUCCCAUCACCAUAUUGCUCCCUACCUCCACUGGUUUUUCUGUGCCUCUCUCACACUGGCCCUUGUGCCUUGAACAGCCUCCAUGACCCAGCGCACCAUCAUUCCUGUUCUUGUGCGUAAUCUUGUGCUCAAAGGCUUUCCUGAGUUAGGGCCUCAAAAUGGGACAGGAGAGGAAAUUCAGAAUUAGCAAGACACAUACACUGCUUAUUAGGCAAAUCACAGUCAACUUGUGCUCUGACUUGUGUUAUUACAUAUGUAGAUUGUAAGCUCUUUUGGAGCGGGGACCUGUCUUCGAUUGUCAUAUACUUUCGUGAAUGACUCUGUGGUGCCGUAUAAAUAAUAAAUCAGAAUGCUGUA